AUGAAGUUAGUAUCUCCAGGUGUUUUUACGUCAGGUGGUCUCUUAAUUAUGCCUCCAAAAAAAGGAGGAACAGGUGCAAGUAAACAAAGGCAACAUUUAUUUUAUUCACAACAAGGUCAAACAGCAGUAGCUGAUGUUGGAGGAACAAUGGCGAUGAGUCAUAAUUGGAUAAAAAAUAUGUCAUCAUCAAUAUCAGCCAACCAAAAGCAACAAGCGGGUCAAGGAGCUAAUGCUCAGAAACAACAACAAAUUGAUCAAGCUGGUUGUGCCAAGCAACAUCAGCAAGCUAGUCAGGCUGCAAGUGGACAACAGAAUCAACCCCAUCAAUUCAUACACUAA